UCAUUCGUCCACGAGUUCGGAAACGCGAGGUUUCGCUGCUGCGAUGUAGCCUGCGAUGGGCGAGAGGAGAGAAGGGGCGGGAACGAAACAACCGAGCAAGAAAACAGUUUCCCCUUAAACGAUCACGCGUAGCAAAAUCCGAGGGACGGGUUUCCGCCGCCGCCGCUCGCCGUGCCGUCACCGGCUGCUUGCUUUCGCGUCGGCCCGCCGACGUGAGCCGCCAAACAGUGCCAUGGCGAAGGCUCCGGGCGGUCCCGUCGGGGACCCGCUCCUGGUUUCUACGUUCGCGCUGAGCGGCACCAAGAAAAGGCUUAUGCUCUACGAGAACGGCAUCAGCGUCGCCGACGUCAGCCGCCAUAGCAAGACCGAAGACGACGAGUUCAUUCACCUCUCGAGGGUCGUGACCGCCGAGGCCUGGCCCUGCUGUAGCGGCGGCUGCGGCCAGACCCGCGCCGGCGGCGAGCGACCUCCGGUCAGCGUGAGCGCCAGCGCGGCCUGCCUCGUGACGUCGACGGCCGACGGCGGGACCUCGUCAACAACGGUGGCGACGACAACGGCGACCGGCUGCUACGAGGGCGGCGGCGGCGGUGGGGGCCGCGUGACCCUGGGCGACCCCGCGCUGCGGCUCCACGUGGCCAAGCCCGUGCACCGGCACUCGUGGUGCCUGCAGACCCUGGUGCUGCGGGGCGUCUCCGGCAGGAGCAGCGACCACGCGCUGGUGCACCAGUGGGCCGACGCGGUCCAGGACAGGCUCAGGGGGGUGGACAGGCCACGGAAGCUGCUUGUGUUCGUCAAUCCUUUCGGCGGUCGGAAACGAGCGCCUGUCAUCUACCAGCGCAAGGUGGCACCCAUAUUCCAAAUGGCUGGCAUCUCUGUGGAAUUAAUCACGACACGGUAUGCGGGUCACGCUAAGGAAUGCCUUCUUGAAUUGGACCUUUCUCUCUUUGACGGCGUCGUAUGUGUUGGCGGCGAUGGCAUGGUGAAUGAAAUUGUCAAUGGCGUGCUGCUGAGGGCGCAGCGUGAUGCUGGGGUUGAUGCAAAUGACCCGAAUUCCCGGCUGCAGCCGGGAACAAUAAAAAUUGGCGUGAUCCCUGCUGGCUCCACGGAUGCGCUGGUUUGCACCACAACUGGAGAAAACAGCCCUGUAACCUCGGCACUCCUUAUAGCAAUGGGGGCUGAAAUAGGUGUUGACGUUGCAAGUAUCCACAGUGGUGAACGCCUGGUGCGGUACUCCUCAGGAUUCCUUUCUUACGGCUUCUUUGGAGACAACAUCAAGGCCAGUGAGAAAUUUCGCUGGAUGGGACCAUUGCGCUAUAACUGGACUGGCUGGCAGACCUUUCUGAAGCACCACGUCUAUGAAGGGGAACUGAAGCUGCUUGUACAGCCAGAGACGACUGAUGCCAAUUAUGACCCUGCAGGAACUGACCGAUGUAGAGCAGGAUGCGAAGUAUGCCAUGCUGAACCUGGUGACAUCCCGCUCCAAGUUCUCAAUACUUUGGACGUCCACGCUGAAAAUAAGCCCUACUGGCUAGGCAUCCAGGGCCACUUCCUGUCCGUGAGCUGUGCUCUCAUGGCCAAUCGGUGUGCGCGGAGCACAGCAGGCGUGGCUCCCACAGCCCAUCUCGGCAAUGGUCUCAUGGAUGUCGUGCUGGUCUCGCAGUGCUCACGGCGCAAUUUUCUCAGGUUUCUGGUUGCCCUGGCCAAUUCUGAAACAUGCAGCCCCUUCAAGUUUCCUUUCGUGCACUGCUUCCGAACAAGUUGCUUCGAGUUUGUGCCCAAAACGCCAGACUCUAGCGACGAAGGCACAGUCAAGCACACUGGCUCUUGGCAGUGUGAUGGGGAACUGCUCCCAGAAACUUCGCUGCUCGUUAGGUCGCAUCGCCAGUUGCUCAAGCUGUAUGCACAUGGCAUCGAAGAGCGAGACGAACACCGGUCGAAUCGCUGCUUCUGCUCCUGCCAUUAAAGAGAGAAGAUAGAAGUAGCGUGUUGCAGCUAAGGCAGCUCUCCAAGCUGUUGCUCCUACGUGUGACCCUACUUUCGCAUCUUUCAUUCUGCCUGUUCCCGACAAGGCGCUGUCUCGUUUCAUGGGUCCCUCCUUUGCGUCACCUCUGUCCAGGUGCUUAUGCAUCCACAUUUGUGUGUUGAAGCCAUUGCCAGGUCCACAUUCAUGCAUCAGAACUGUUCGCUCACGACUGAAUGCCAAGUGAUGGCUUGCCAUGUUCCUGUGACCCAUCCAGGGCGACAUUUCAAUCCCUGCAGCACACUGGCCUAUUUUGCAACAGGGGAACAGUGAUUUUCCUUGGUACAAGGCACCUUGACUUUGUAGAAAUAUUUCUGGGUGAGAGUGUGUAGGUUCCCUUUUAGAGUAGCCGGUUACCAACUACUGGGCAGAAAGCCUAUAAGACAUUUUUUUGUUUCUGACCGGAUCACUUCUUUACGAAGAGCCACGAUUUGAAUUGGAUGUUAACGUUUGUUUUAGCUGCUUUUGUUGUAAUUUUAUAGAAGCAAUAUAUAGUGGCCAUAAACUGGCCCUUAUUGCUUUAGUUACACAGAUCUUAUAAUCCUGAUUAGAAUUCAAUAGAUAGAGCCACUUAGCUGCCGAACAGCAGAAAAUAGUCUAUGUUGUUAGGCAUACUAGUGCCCUUGCAUUUAUGUGCAUCAAGCAUAGUUUCAGCAGUUUAUGCCAGAGACGUACUAUAGUGGUUUAUGGCACCUGAUGUGUCACUGUAAUGUGCCCCUGUUGUAGGAGAUGGCAUGUGUUGCGUGAACACUGACAAGAGUGUUUUCUCAAGCGAUCUCCAAGCAACCAGCAUGCUGUAUGUGUGGCUCCUUUUCGAAACAUUCCACAGCGCAUUCUUUUCGGUCGUUAAAUGUGAGUGGGACAAAAGAAACACUCGAACAAGAGGUACAAAAUGUGGUUGCUCUGAGCAAUGUCGCAAGGCAUUGAUUUUAGGUGUCGGGCAUACUGAGCAUGUUCUUGUUACCCCAGACAAUAUUUCUAUAACACUGAAAUGUUAUCACUGAAAAUUUUUCCGUCUUCAAUAGGCAGUGUAUUUGUUUCCUUGAGAUUAUAUGACCAGCAGAAGAUGCUUGGCCUGUUGAGUCUCUAGUUUGCUGCUUAAUUGCAUUGAACUUCAGUGAUGUAGCAAGCUUGCAAUAAGUGUGAACAGGGAUGAGGGGUUGUUUUCAAUUAGGUGAUUGUGACUAGGUGCAGCCUUCAUCUGACUAAGCGAGUACUCGUGUGGAGGGGUGUGGUUUGGCCUGCAUGCUUUCUGCAGAUAUACGUCGUUAUUGACAUUUGUCAGUUAUCUUGAAAAUGAAAGAUGUGUAAUGAUUUCUGUUGUACGGCUGCUUUUUCUUCAGGGUAUGCUUUGCCUAGUCCCAAUAAAUCAGUUGCACGAAAUGUUUUUUUUUCACUGGGUUACCGAGGUAGGUGUAUGUGUAUGGCACACAGUGGCUUGUAGCCAUCGGAGACUGUGAUAACUAUGCUUUCCGUAACAAGAGGUGCGACCAUGUGAUAAUCUGUUUUCCUGCUGUAUCCAGAAGACAGCGCAUUUUCUACAGUAUGCAAUGGUUUGUUGUCCACAGGCCACCAGAUCACGUCUUGUGUUGUGUCAGUAUCAGUUGCCACUGUUCUGUAAAUAUUUUAAGAGGAAGCUUUAGCUUGGGAG